CCAGGGUUUGGGCAGAGGGUUCUGUAGGAAUGACUGCCCUAUCUCUCUCAUGACUAGUGCCUGAGCACUAUCCCUCCAGGGGGCCAGGAUGGAGGAGCCAGCAGGGAUGGCGGAAAGCCUGGGGGGGUUCUGGGUUUUGGGCCAGCUCAAGGUCGGGGUCUGGGGGAGGAGUGUCCACCAGAGCUGCCACCCACUCACUGCCUGUGACUCUGAAAUCUUCACCUAGAAGCCCAUUGAGACCCCCCAACUCCCCACUGAGACCCUCAGCCCACCAAGACCCCUCAGCCCAGGCUCCAAGCCUCAGAAUGGUCCUCAGCAGUCCCUGAUGAGGCUGGCUGGUCCCCAUGCUUUCCUUGUGCCUGUCACAGCCACUCAGCAGGCGAGAGGGCAGCUGGGCCGACACUCACCUGUGCCCCCUUCACCAGACCCAAGUUGGGGAUCAGGUCUCAGCCCUCUGGGCCCCCCUGCCUGCUCCAGGUGAGCACCUGCGGGUCUGCCCUCAGAGUUACACCUGCUGCACCAGCGACAUGGAGGAGAACCUGGCCAACCGCAGCCGCGCCGAGCUGGAGAGCGGGCUCCGUGACAGUGGCCGGGCCCUGCAGGCCACCCUCUCCACCCAGCUGUGGGCCAUGGACGACUACUUCCAGCGCCUGCUGAACGGCUCAGAGCGGGCACUGCAGGACGCCUUCCCCAGCGCCUUCGGGGACCUGUACACACAGAACACCAAGGCCUUCGGCGACCUGUACGCCGAGCUGCGCCUCUACUACCGCGGCGCCAGCCUGCAGCUGGAGGAGACUCUGGCUGAGUUCUGGGCCCGCCUGCUCGAGCGCCUCUUCAAGCAGCUGCACCCCCGGCUGCUGCUGCCCGACGACUACCUGGACUGCCUGGGCAAGCAGGCCGAGACCCUGCAGCCCUUCGGGGACGCCCCGCGUGAACUGCGCCUGCGCGCCACCCGCGCCUUCGUGGCCGCACGCACCUUCGUGCAAGGCCUGGGUGUGGCCAGCGACGUGGUCCGGAAGGUGUCCCAGGUCCCCCUGAGCCCCGAGUGUUCGAGGGCCGUCAUGAAACUGGUCUACUGUGCCCACUGCCUGGGAGUGCCUGGCGCCCGGCCCUGCCCCAACUAUUGCCACAACGUGCUCAAAGGCUGUCUGGCCAACCAGGCCGACCUGGAUGCUGAGUGGAGGAACCUUCUAGACUCCAUGGUGCUCAUCACCAACAAGUUCUGGGGCCCAUCGGGUUCGGAGUCUGUCAUCAGCAGCGUGCACAUGUGGCUGGCCGAGGCCAUCUCUGCCCUCCUGGACGGCAAGGACAGCCUCACAGCCAAGGUCAUCCAAGGCUGCGGGAACCCCAAGGUGAAUCCCCAGGCCGCUGGGCCAGAGGAGCAACGCCGCCGGGGCAAGCUGGACCUGCAGAAGCACCCCACGAACGAGCUGGAGAAGCUGGUCUCCGAGGCCAAGGCCCAGCUCCGUGACGUGCAGGACUUCUGGGUCAGUCUCCCAGGGACGCUGUGCAGCGAGAGGGUGGCUGUCAGCAUGGCCAGUGACGACCGCUGUUGGAACGGGAUGACCAAGGGCCGGUACCUACCAGAGGUGAUGGGGGACGGCCUGGCCAACCAGAUCAACAACCCCGAGGUGGAGGUGGACAUAACCAAGCCGGACAUGGCCAUCCGGCAGCAGAUCAUGCAGUUGAAGAUCAUGACCAACCGGCUGCGCAGCGCCUACAACGGCAAGGAUGUGGACUUCCAGGACGCCAGUGAGUGGCAGCGAUGGAGGGCGGGGCUGACGGGAGGGCAGGGCCUGUGA